AAAUGGUGAGAACAAUUACUUAUCUGUGAUAGUAUUGAUAUCAGGCCAAUUGGGUAGUAUGCAGAGAUCCCGUUAGAUCAUUAUUAAUAUUUAACAUUCACAAAAAUGGAUGAUCCAAGGAUUGAAUGGAUCCGGAACAGAGUGUUCCAAGCCAUAGACAUAAAAGACACAGAAGUUUUUGAUGAACUUUUAGAAAGAGAUGAUGGCAUUGCAGAAAGACAACUUCUUAAAUAUCUCAAUGAUACUCCUGGUGAUAAUGAAUCAGCUAUGUUGUUCUAUAAAAUUAUUGCAGAGGAAGAGGAAGAAGUUGAAGUAGAAUGUGAACCAGAAAUACCAGAUAUACAACAAGAUGAGGAAGGGGGAGAUGGAGAAGGGGAUACUGGAGAUGGAGAAUCUGUGGAUCAAGGUUCGGAGCAACCAUUGCCGGUGUCUACACCAAAUGACACAUCAGCUGAUAAAGAUGAAGAUACUCCAAGAAAGAGAAGGGCAAAAGGAAAAGAAACUCCAACCUCAGAUAUAGAAAAUGCUAAAGAUUUAGAGAAAGAGGUUAAACCAGAAGUUACAGAAACGAUCGAAGAAGAUGCAGAUAAAGAUGAGCAAUCAGACAAAGUUCCCAAAACAAAAUUCAUCAUUCAGAAAGUUUGGCGUACCUAUUUACAUAUGUGUUAUCAGCAUUUACCAGAGCAAGUUACUGAUAAUAAUAGUGUUUAUUUUCUGAGAAAUACACCUGGGAUGGUUCCUCUACCAAAUAGUGUAGAAGAAGCUGAAGAAAUGCUGCCAGCAUAUUUUGAAUUUGGAUUAUUAAAUGGUCAUUCAUUAGUUAUGUUGGAACAAAUUAUAACACAGGUAUAUAUGCCUCUAUUAUCUUAUAAUCAACACAAGGGUAGCGAUAGUAAAUCAAGUCAUCCAGCGCGACUAUCAGAACAGAGAUCCUCCAUUAGUCGACAAGAUACUAGUCUUACACAAUCUACAGACACAACAGAAGAAGAAGGAAGUAAAAUAAAUAUAGCAGAAUCUCGAGCUAAAGCUUUAUUAAGAGAUGAAUUUCUCAUUAGUAUGCAAAAAUUUUCAGCAAAUAUUAACAGAACUUUACAACAAAUUGAAGGAGAAGUCCGACUGGAAGUGCCAGAUCUUGAAUUAGGUUCAAAUGUAGAUGAUAUUCUAGAAAAUAAUGAUUUAAUAGAAAAAAUUCGAGAGACAUGCUCAGAAUGGAGAAAACAAGUGCAAGGAGCUUUAGAAAAACAGUUAAAGCGUGGGCAUUCUGCUAAUGGACCUCUUGCAGAAAUUGAUUUUUGGCGGGAACGUAAUGCUGCCUUAAGUGCUCUAUCGGAACAGUUAAAAAUACCUAAAGUAAAACAAAUGAUAAGUAUUUAUAGUCGUGUGGAGAGUGACUUUGAUGAUACGAUUAGCGAACUCACUAAAUAUGACACAGAAGCUAAAGACAAUGUUCGUUUUCUCUCAACACUUGAAAGACAUUUUAAAAAUAUUGCUCAUGGUGCUACAUUUCAAGUGGUCAUUGAGACGAUUCCUUCCAUGAUGAAUGCUUUAAGAAUGGUGUGGAUUAUUUCAAGACAUUAUAAUAAAGAUGAAAGAAUGGUUCCACUGAUGGAGCGAAUUGCCUGGGAAUUAGCAGAACGAGUUGCUAAGGUUAUUGAUGUUAGAGAAUUGUUCGAUAGUGGUACACAUGAAGUAAAAAUAAAAACAUCAGAGGCCUCUAAAAUGUUAACAGUGUGGAAAGAUUCAUAUUUUGAAGUGAGAGGAAUGAUUGAGGCAUCGGGUCGAGAUCAAAGAUGGGAGUUUGAUAGAAAGAAAUUAUUUGAACGAACUGAUUAUAUGAAGAGUAUAUGCGAUGAUUUAAAUGAUAUUGCACAGGUACUAGAAGAAUUUUAUAAUAUUUUUGGACCUGAGUUAAAAGCUGUAACAGGUGAUCCUAAAAGAAUAGAAGAUGUUGUUUACAGAGUAGAUGCUUUGGUUUUUCCCAUCCAACAGAUAAGUUUUGAUCCAUUCUCUCAAAAAGAAUCUCUUCAAUGGAAACGACUGAAAUCUAAAUUUACAAAGGAAGUGGCAGAAAUUGAGGGAGAAGCUAAAAUGUUUAUCGAUGAGUCAUUUAAAACUUUGCGAUCAGCUGAAGGAGCAUUUGAUAUGUUGUUAAAUUUUAAACAUAUCCGUUCAAGAGAAGCUAUCAAUGCUCAGAUGAUGCAGAAAUUUAAGGAUAUUCUUAAUCAAUAUGGAAAAGAGGUUGAUACGAUGGAUCAUCUGUUUAAAGAAUUCCAAGACAGUCCACCACUUCAUAAAAAUAAUCCACCAAUCAGUGGUUGUAUAUUCUGGGAACGUUCUUUAUUCCAUCGUAUUAAACACACCAUUAUUAGAUUCCAGACCAUGGAUGAAAUGAUGCUUACUCAAGAUGGAAAAGAUACAAGAGCCAAAUAUUUAAAAGUUGGUAAAGAAAUGAAGAGAUUUGAAGAUAUUAGAUAUGAACAGUGGCGAGAUCAUGUAGAACAGGUUUUACCAUCUUUAUUACGGAGAAAUCUUUUAAUAAAACCUUCAAACAGUUCCAGUGGUCCUCAACAACCAGCUAUUCAACAUCCUGAUGAUAAUACACCAGGCAGAGAAUCAGGUGCAUUGUUUGAAGUUAAAUAUCUGGUAGAUUUUGAUCCCCAGUUACAUGAAAUUAUCGCAGAAACUAAAUAUAUUGAACAACUGAGUUUUCCUGUACCAGAAUUGGCUAGAAAUGUAGCAUUACAGGAAGAAAAAUAUAUAAAGUAUGUAGAAGGGUUACAGCAUAUGUUAGAUAGAUAUCAUCGUUUAUUAGGUUCAUUAAAUCACGCUGAGGCUGCAUUAUUAGAUGAUCAUAUGCGAGAUCUGAGACGUGUUCUACGACCUGGAGCCAAGAGGUUAAACUGGAAUUCUCUGGGUAUCAGUGAUUAUGUUUCAAAAUGUCAAUCGGCUAUUGCUAAAUUUGAAUCUCUAGUCAAUCAAAUACAGAAAAAUGCUCGUGAUAUUCAUCAAAGAUUGGGCAUGAUAGAAAACGCAAAUAUAUUUCGAUCUCCUCAACCCAAGAAUGAUAUGUUACCUAGCUGUAAAGAAUUUUUUGAACACAUUGAACAAGAAAGAGCCAGAGAUUUUGAAAUUUUAGCAAGAAAAUACCGUGCAAUAGGCCCGUUAUUAACCAAAAUGGAAGGUUUAGUAGUUCAUACUAACAGUGGUAAAUCUCCUAAAUUACGUCAGUAUUAUGCAUUCUGGGAGAGAAGAGUGUAUGAAUCUCUUACAAAGCUUAUAAUGAAAAACAUCAAGCAUUUUUUGACAGCAUUAUCUACAGAGAAACCAUUGUUUCAAGUUGAGACAUUAUUAGUGGCACCUGAUGUUGUUCUUCAUCCACAUGCUAACGAAAUAAAUAAAUUAACGUUACAGUGUGUGAGAGAUGGUGUAGAAGGAACUAAAUUAUUUGUACGAUGGAUGAAUGGAACGUGUAUUGAAUGUUUACCUCAGAAAAUAGAAGGGGAAGAUGAGCCUCAUGUAUUUAGUUUUUUUACGGAUAUAUCAGCAAAUCCGGAAAUCAUAGAAGUUUGUAACACAAUCCAGUUGAGCAUUAGAAAAACUCUUACCAACUUAGCCAAGUAUUUGAAUCGCUGGAAGAAAUAUAGAUCAAUAUGGAAAGUGGACAAGCAAGUUAUAGCUGAUAAAUGGUUUGCUAAAGGUCCAUCAGUUGUAGAUUUUGAUGACAAAUUACAAUAUUACAAUAAAACUACAGAUGAAGUGGCAUCACAACCAAUUGUCAAAGACCAAGACUUUAUACGACUCCACAUGGGACUAUUAGCUACAGACGUGAAGAAAAAUGCGAAACAAUGGAUAGAAUGUUUGGGUACCAUAUUACAUAAUUCAGCUAAAGAAUCUCUCAAUGAAUUAUGGAAUAUGAUGGAUGAUAAAUCUGAUGACCUUGAUCAAUCACCGGGUGUCCUUGAAGAUCUAAAGUCAGUUUUAUCCACAAUAUCUGAUAUUAAAACAAUGUCGUUAGAUGUAGAAACACAGAUGAGAGAUAUACAAGAACGUUAUCGGACCCUACAUAUGUAUGAUAUUCAGGUUCCACAAGAAGAAAAAGAUUUACAAGAAAGACUUCCACAAAUCUGGGAUGAUCUUGUUCUUAAAUCUAAAAAUGUUGAUGCUAGUCUUGUUGUAGUGAAGAAGAAAUUCACUGAGAUUACGCAAGAUGAAAUUAAAGUAUUUAGAAAGAAUCUAGAAACAUUUGCUGAAACGUUUAAAAUAGAAGGACCUGGUUCCGUUGGACUGGAUCUUGACAAAGGUUUAGAGGUUAUGAAGAAAUAUCGCCAAGAAGUGGCUCAAUAUGAAGCCCAGAGAACAGAAUUAGCUAAUGCUGAGAAGUUAUUUGAUCUACCUAUAACAAUGUAUCCUGAUUUAGUACAAGUUACUAAAGAUAUGAAAGGUUUAGAGAUGAUUUACGCAUUAUAUGAAGAACAAGCGGCUGCCAGAGAAAGUUGGGCAGAAACAUUAUGGGCUAAUCUGAAUAUUCAACUACUUCAAGAAGGUAUUGAAGGCUUCUUAAAGAGUCUUAGAAAAAUGUCAAAAGAUGUCAGAAGUAUGCCAGUAGCAAGAGCAUUAGAAGAAAAAAUGAAAGAAUUCCGAGAUUCUCUACCUCUAUUUGUGGAUCUGAAACACGAUUCCCUUCGAGAACGACAUUGGAAAGAUCUGAUGACCAAAACUGGUCAGAAGUUUGAUAUUAAUCCUGAAACCUUUACCCUGGCUAAUGUCUUUGCCAUGGAGCUGCAUCGCUUCCAAGAUACUAUUGGAGAGAUUGUAACCUGUGCUAGCAAAGAGAUGGGUAUUGAAAAGGGUGUGAAAGAAGUUGAGGAGACAUGGAGUAAUAUGAAAUUUUCUGUACAGGCGUACAUGAAGGGUACAAGUAAUAGAGGUUAUAUAUUGGGUGCUGUUGAUGAAAUUCUUCAAAUACUAGACGAUAGUGCUAUGAAUCUUCAGAGUAUGUCUGCUUCCAGAUUCGUCGGACCAUUUUUAAAUUCUGUCCAGAACUGGGAGAAAGGGUUGUCUCUUAUAUCAGAAGUUUUAGAUGUAUGGAUGGUAGUACAAAGAAAAUGGAUGUAUCUAGAAGGUAUAUUUAUUGGAGGUGAUAUCAGAUCUCAACUGCCAGAAGAAGCCAAGAAAUUUGAUCAAAUUGAUAAAACAUUUAAAAAGAUAAUGACAGACACUGCCAAAGUUCCAACGAUAAAGACAGCUUGUCAUGCUGCUAACAGAUUGUCAGAUCUACAGAAUCUUAGUUCUGGUUUAGAAAAAUGUCAGAAAUCAUUGAAUGAUUAUCUGGAUUCUAAACGUAAUGCCUUCCCUCGUUUCUUCUUCAUCUCUGAUGAUGAGUUGUUGAGUAUAUUGGGUAGUAGUGAUCCAGAAUGUGUACAAGAACACAUGAUAAAGAUGUUUGACAACAUUUCAUCCCUGAAAUUCCAACGAGGAGCCAACAAUGAGAUCAUAGUUGGUGCCAUGGUGUCUGCUGAAGGAGAACAAAUGGAAUACAGAACACAUGUUUCUGCUGAAGGAAGAGUAGAAGAUUGGAUGACAGCUGUUCUAGAUGAAAUGAGAAGAAGUAAUCGUUUAAUAACCAAAGAAGCCAUAUUUACAUACUGUGAUAAAAUUAAAAGAGUUGAUUGGAUGAUGAACUAUCAGGGUAUGGUAUGUUUAGCUGGUAAUCAGAUUUGGUGGACGUGGGAAGUGGAAGAUGUUUUCCGUAAAGUUAAAAAAGGAAAGAAAACAGCUUUAAAAGAUUAUGCGAAACAAUUACAUCAACAGAUUGAUGAUCUGGUUGUUCAGGUUCGAUCACCAUUAUCUAAAAAUGAUCGAAUGAAGUUUAAUUCUGUGUUGAUUAUUGAUGUACAUGCCAGAGAUAUUAUUGAUGGAUUUGUUCGAGACAGUAUUAUGGAUGCAAGAGAAUUCGAAUGGGAAAGUCAACUGAGAUUUUAUUGGGAGAAGGAACCGGAUGAGUUAUUAAUUCGACAGUGUACAGGAGAAUUUGGUUAUGGUUAUGAAUAUAUGGGUUUGAAUGGUCGGCUUGUUAUUACACCUUUAACUGACAGAAUUUACCUUACAUUGACACAGGCCUUAUCCAUGAAUCUUGGUGGUGCCCCAGCUGGACCUGCUGGUACUGGUAAAACAGAGACUACUAAAGAUUUAGCCAAAGCUCUUGGUUUAUUGUGUGUUGUUACAAAUUGUGGAGAGGGCAUGGACUUCAAGGCUGUAGGAAAGAUAUUUUCUGGUUUAUGUCAGUGUGGUGCAUGGGGUUGUUUUGAUGAGUUUAAUCGUAUUGAUGUAUCUGUAUUAUCUGUUAUCUCAACACAGCUUAAAACUAUUCAAAAUGGUUUACUACUCAAACUUAAAAGAUUUCAUUUUGAAGGCCAAGAGAUUAAUCUGGAUUGUCGUGUGGGAAUAUUUAUUACCAUGAACCCUGGCUAUGCUGGACGUACAGAGCUACCAGAAUCAGUAAAAGCCCUGUUUAGACCAGUUGUAGUAAUUGUACCUGAUUUACAACAGAUUUGUGAAAUUAUGUUGUUUUCGGAAGGUUUCUUGCUUGCUAAGGUAUUAGCUAAAAAAAUGACAGUACUAUAUAAACUAGCUAAAGAACAGUUAUCUAAACAAUAUCAUUAUGAUUUUGGUCUUCGUGCUCUGAAAUCUGUACUUGUAAUGGCUGGAGAAUUAAAGAGAGGCUCACCAGAUUUACAUGAGGAUGUUGUAUUGAUGAGAGCUCUAAGAGAUAUGAAUCUACCUAAAUUUGUGUUUGAAGAUGUUCCACUGUUCUUGGGUUUAAUUGGAGAUCUGUUCCCUGGAUUGGAUUGUCCUCGAGUUCGUUAUCCUAAUUUUAAUGAUGCUGUAGAAGCAGUAAUUAGAGAAAACAAUUAUGUUGAACUACCUCAGCAGGUUGAUAAAGUAGUCCAGAUGUAUGAAACUAUGUUAACUAGACAUACAACUAUGAUAGUAGGACCUACAGGAGGUGGUAAAUCGGUUGUCAUUAAUACACUCUCACAAGCACAAUCCAAAUUGGGUAUUCAGACUAAAUUGUUCACCAUCAACCCUAAAGAUCGUAGUGUUAUAGAACUCUAUGGUAUUCUGGAUCCUGCUACAAGAGAUUGGACAGAUGGAUUACUCUCCAACAUUUUCCGUGAAAUCAACAAACCAACAGAUAAAAAUGAAAAGAAAUAUAUUGUGUUUGACGGUGAUGUUGAUGCAUUGUGGGUAGAAAACAUGAACUCUGUUAUGGAUGAUAAUCGUUUGAUGACUCUGGCUAAUGGCGAACGUAUCAGAUUACAGAAACACUGUGCACUGUUGUUUGAGGUAUAUGAUCUUCAAUAUGCCUCACCUGCUACUAUAUCUAGAUGUGGUAUGGUUUACGUUGAUCCUAAAAAUCUGGGUUAUAAACCCUACUGGGAUAAAUGGGUCAGCAUGCGAACUGGUAGUAAACAGGAAAAAGAUGAAUUAAAUCGUUUAUAUGAGAAAUAUGUACCUAAUCUUAUUGAUAUGGUCGUAGAGGGAAUGGUGGAAGGCAAGCAACAAGAAAAAUUAAAAACGAUUGUUCCACUCACUAAUCUUAAUAUGGUGACACAAUUAAGUAUGAUGUUAAACGCUCUGUUAGAAAAAGAGAUAUCUGAACCUGAUGAAUUAGAAGCAUUCUUCCUGCAAGCUCUAUACUGGUCUAUUGGUGCUGGUCUGUUAGAAGAUGGUCGAACUAAGUUUGAUACUUAUGCUAAAUAUUUAGCAUCUUUAACCAUGAAUCAGGAUGACAAAAUGGCAGGACCAGGUGAAUUACCUCAAAAUUCGCUUCUUUAUGAGUAUUUCUGGGAUGGUGAGCAGAAGAAAUGGGUACCAUGGUCAAAAUUAGUUCCAAAAUAUAUCCAUGAUCCAGAGAUUAAAUAUAAUGAAAUCCUGGUCCCAACUAUUGAUACUGUGAGAACAACAUGGCUGAUUAAACUAAUGGUGGAAAUAAAACGUCCUGUAGUCUUGAUCGGGGAGACAGGUACAUCCAAGUCUGCUACGACAGCUAACUUCCUUCGUGGAAUGGAUCAAGAAGCACAUUUAUUAUUAAACAUGAACUUCUCCAGUCGAACAACAUCGUUGGACGUUCAACGUAAUUUGGAAGCUAAUGUUGAGAAAAGAACUAAAGACACAUACGGUCCACCAAUGGGAAAGAGGCUUAUUAUAUUUGUUGAUGAUAUGAACAUGCCUCAGGUUGAUACAUACGGAACCCAACAACCUAUAGCUCUAUUAAAACUACUGUUAGAACGUGGUGGUAUCUAUGAUAGAGGUAAAGAUUUAAACUGGAAGAACAUGAAAGACAUUGGUUAUAUUGCUGCCAUGGGUAAAGCUGGUGGAGGAAGAAAUGAAACAGAUCCACGAUUUGUCUCUUUGUUCAGUGUUUUCAACAUGACGUUCCCUAGUGAUGAAUCAUUAUACAGUAUUUAUUAUUCUAUAUUACAUGGACAUACGCUAGGUUUCCCUAAAGAAAUACAAGAUAUAGUUUCUAUUAUAACCAAGAUGACCAUGAGUUUAUAUGGAAUGAUUGUGAAAGAGCUGCCUCCUACACCAUCAAAGUUUCACUACAUCUUUAACUUACGUGAUCUGUCUCGUAUUUAUAACGGUUUAUGUCUGACAACACCCGAUAGAUUCCAGAAACCCGAUCAAUUUCUUCGAUUGUGGAGAAAUGAAUGUUUACGUGUUAUAGGAGAUCGACUGAUUAAUGAACAGGAUAAAGAGAUUGUAAAUAAAGCUAUCAAAGGUUUAUUAGAAGAGAAUUUUAAGACCAGUGUUGACUAUAUAACACGUGAUCCCAGUUUAUUUGGUGAUUAUCGUACAGCUCUGGAAGAAAGUGAACCUCGUUUGUAUGAAGAUAUACAAGAUUAUGAUGCUAGUAAAGCUUUGUUUCAAGAGAUAUUGGAGGAAUACAAUGAAUCACAUACUCCAAUGAAACUGGUUCUCUUUGAUGAUGCUUUAGAACAUCUAACUAGAAUACAUCGUGUAUUGAGAAUGGAUCGAGGUAACUCUCUAUUGGUUGGUGUUGGUGGUAGCGGUAAACAGAGUUUAUGUCGAUUGGCUAGUUUUACGGCUGGAUGUGAGGUAUUUGAGAUAACUCUCAGCCGUGGCUACAAUGAAAAUUCAUUCCGUGAUGAUUUAAAGGUUCUUUAUAACAUGCUGGGCACAGAAAACAAGAAAGUUUCUUUCCUGUUCACAGAUCAACAUGUUGUAGAAGACGGAUUUCUGGAGUUAAUUAACAAUAUGUUAACAUCUGGUAUGGUACCAGCUUUAUAUGCUGAUGAUGAAAAGGAAGCCAUUAUUGGUGGUAUUCGUGAUGAAGCAUUAAAGAAUGGAGCCGCUCAUGCUAGAGAGAGUAUUUGGCAGUAUUUUGUUAAUAAAUGUGCCAAUAAUCUCCAUGUAGUAAUGGCCAUGUCACCUGUUGGGGAUACGCUACGAACAAGAUGUAGAAAUUUCCCAGGAAUGGUUAAUAAUGCUAGUAUUGAUUGGUUCUUCCCAUGGCCAGAACAAGCUUUAUAUGCUGUAGCUAGUGUAUUUAUAUCUCCUGAUAAUAAUUUGAUUCCUGAUGAUCACAGAGAAAAUCUAGUCUCACAUAUUGUACUGGUACACAGUAGCGUCGGUCAUUACAGUCAAAUGUUCUUACAGAGAUUACGACGUAAUAAUUAUGUCACACCUAAAAAUUACCUUGAUUUUAUCAGUACUUACCUGAAAUUACUGGAUGAAAAAGAUCAAUAUAUACUGUCACAGUGUGAACGUUUAGCUGGUGGUCUACAGAAGAUUGCAGAUGCAAGUGACAUGUUGGCUGUACUCAGUGAAAAACUUGCUGUGCAGGAAGUAGCUGUGCGAGAGAAAACUGCAGCUUGCCAAGAACUCCUGGAAGAAAUUGCUAUUGGUACGAAACAAGCCACUGAGAAAAAAACAUUUGCUGAAGCUAAAGGAAAAGAAAUAGCCGAACAAAGUAAAAUUAUUGUUGUGGAAAAGAAAGAAGCAGAAGAUGCAUUAGCUGAAGCUUUACCAGCUCUAGAAGCAGCUCGACUUGCUCUUGAAGAUCUUGAAAAGUCUGACGUCACUGAAAUUCGAUCAUUUGCCAAACCACCGAAAGCUGUACAGACUGUUUGUGAAUGUAUUGUUGUGAUGAGAGGUAUCAGAGAAGUGUCAUGGAAGUCGGCUAAAGGAAUGAUGUCAGAAGCUAACUUCUUAAAAUCUCUAACAGAAAUGGAUGUUGACAGUAUUACCCCAAAACAAACAGGUGCUGUAAAAGGAUUAUUGAAAGAAAUUGAUUUAACAAAUGCCGAGAUGAAAGCCAUCAGUAGAGCUGGUGCUGGUCUACUCAAGUUUGUGGAGGCUGUCAUGGGUUAUUGUUCUGUUGCUAGGGAGAUUAAACCAAAGAGAGAGAAGGUAGCUAAAUUAGAAAGAACAUUCCAUCAAGCUAAAAGAGAUUUAGAUAAAAUUACCAAAGAAAUUAGUGCACUAGAAGCUGAGUUAUCUAAACUCAAUCAGAAAUACGAAGAAGCUAUGGCAGAGAAAAAAGCAUUACAAGAGGAAGCUGAAAUUAUGGAACGUCGAUUGAGAGCUGCUGAUAAACUCAUUUCUGGUCUUGGAUCUGAAAACGUCAGAUGGACUCAAGAUUUAGAAGAAUUGAAGAAGAAAAGAGUGCGUCUGCUGGGAGAUUGUCUGCUAAACUCAGCUUUCCUGAGUUAUGUUGGUGCCUUCAGCUGGGAGUUCCGUGUUGAUCUAGUCUAUAAAGAAUGGCAAGCUGAUUUGUUGGAAAGAGAAAUUCCACUGAGUCAGCCUUUUAAAUUAGAAGACUUGUUGACCAAUGACGUAGAGAUUAGUAAAUGGACAUCUGAAGGUUUACCACCAGAUGAGCUGUCCAUACAGAACGGUAUAUUGACCACCAGAGCGAGUAGAUUCCCAAUGUGCAUUGAUCCACAACAACAGGCCUUGAAGUGGAUUAAAAAGAAAGAAGAACAAAACAAUCUGAAAGUGUGUACCUUUAAUGAUCCAGAUUUCUUAAAACAACUGGAAUUAGCCAUCAAAUAUGGCUUCCCAUUCUUAUUUCAAGAUGUCGAUGAAUAUAUAGAUCCAGUCAUAGACAAUGUACUAGAAAGAAAUAUAAAAGGUGCUCAAGGUCGUGAGUUUGUUAUGUUAGGAGAUAAAGAGGUGGAUUACGAUCCCAACUUCCGUCUUUAUCUCAAUACUAAAUUAUCGAACCCGAAAUAUGGACCAAAUAUUUUUGGCAAAUCUAUGGUUAUUAACUAUACAGUAACAUUAAAGGGUUUAGAAGAUCAGUUACUGAGUGUUAUCGUUAAGUUUGAACGUAAAGAGUUAGAAGAACAACGUGAAAGAUUAAUUCAAGAAACCAGUGUUAAUAAACGUCUGUUAAAAGAUUUAGAAGAUUCGUUAUUACGAGAACUGGCUACAUCCCAGGGUAACAUGUUGGAUAACGUUGAGUUGGUCGAAACGCUGGAAGAAACAAAGACAAAAGCCUCAGAGGUAUCAGAAAAAUUAAAAUUAGGAGCUAAAACAGCAAUCGAUAUCGAGAAACUUCGUGAUGGAUAUCGACCUGCAGCUAAGCGUGGAGCCAUCUUGUUUUUCGUCUUGGCGGAAAUGUCGCUAGUCAAUACAAUGUACCAGUAUUCCUUAGCUUCAUAUCUUGAUGUAUUUGAAUUUUCUCUGAAAAAGAGUUUACCAGACUCAAUAUUACACAAGAGGUUAAAGAAUAUCAUGGAAACUCUAACACAUAACGUCUAUAAUUAUGGAUGUACUGGUAUAUUUGAGAAACACAAACUACUCUUCUCACUACAAAUUACCAUUAAAUUAGAACAAGAUCAAAAUAAUGUUGUUCAAGAUGAACUGGACUUCUUCAUCAAGGGUAAUAUUGCUUUAGAGAAGAGCAAGCGAAAGAAACCUUUUGGUUGGCUGCCGGAUGCAGGGUGGGAGGACUGCACUCGCUUGGCUACAGAAUUUUCAGAUAAAUUUGGAACUCUAUUAGAUGAUAUAGAAAAGAAUGAGAAGGUUUGGAAAGAGUGGUAUGAUCAUGAUACUCCAGAAUCUCAACCUUUCCCGGGAAGAUAUGAAGAAGUUUUAUCACCCUUUCAACGAUUAAAACUAUUACGUUGUUUCCGUAUAGAUCGUAUCUAUAGGGCAGUAACCGAAUAUGUUACUCAGGUGAUGGGAGAGAAGUAUGUAACACCACCUAUUAUUAGUUUUGAGAGUAUAUUUGAACAGAGUACGCCGAUGUCGCCAAUAGUGUUUAUAUUGAGUCCUGGGUCGGAUCCUGCAAGCGAUUUGAUGAAACUAGCAGAAAGACUGGAAUUUGGAACAAAUAAGCUGAAAUUUUUAUCCAUGGGACAAGGGCAAGAACAGGUUGCUCUCCAACUUUUAGAAACAGCAAUAGCACGUGGUCAAUGGUUGAUGUUACAGAAUUGUCAUCUGUUAGUAAAUUGGUUACGUGAAUUAGAAAAACAUCUAGAAAAGUUGAAUAAACCACAUCCCGAUUUCCGUCUUUGGUUGACAACUGAUCCGACACCAAGAUUCCCUAUUGGUAUACUUCAGCGUUCACUCAAGGUUGUAACUGAGCCGCCCAAUGGUUUGAAAUUAAAUCUACGUAGUACAUAUCACAAGAUUCCUGCUACAGCUUUAUCAGAAUGUACGCAUCCUGCCUUUACAUCUCUUGUAUUUGGUCUGGCAUUCUUCCAUGCUGUGGUACAAGAGAGAAGAAAGUAUGGUAAAAUCGGAUGGAAUGUAUCAUAUGAUUUUAACGAAUCUGAUUUCCGUGUGUGUAUGCAGAUAUUAAACACGUACCUGACUAAAUCUGAGGAGCAGGGAGAAGUUAAGAUACCAUGGGCUAGUUUAAAAUAUCUCAUAGGAGAAGUUAUGUAUGGUGGCCGAGCAAUUGAUGAUUUUGAUCGUCGUGUAUUAAGAACAUAUAUGGAUGAAUAUAUGGGAGAUUUUAUCUUUGAUACUUUCCAACCCUUCCAUUUCUAUCAUAAUGAAGAGGUUGAUUAUAAAAUACCAGAGAAUGGACCCAGAGAUAACUAUGUUGACUAUAUUGAAUCACUACCAUUGGCCAAUACACCAGAAGUGUUUGGUUUACAUCCAAAUGCUGAGAUAGGUUAUUAUACACAGGCUGCUAGAGAUAUGUGGUCACAUUUAGUAGAAUUACAACCUCAAACAGGUGAAACUGGUGGUGGAAUCAGCCGUGAAGAAUUUAUAGAUAAAAUAGCAACAGAUGUUCUAAAUCGUUUACCUGAAGAAUUCGAUUUAGAUAAAAUCCGAAAGAAGUUUGGUUUAGAAAUUUCACCUACAACUGUUGUAUUAUUACAAGAAUUGGAAAGAUUUGAUAAACUUAUUAUUAGAAUGAGGAGAUCAUUAGGUACACUGAAAAGAGCUUUGGCUGGUGAAGUUGGAAUGAGCAGUGAAUUAGAUGAAGUGGCCAGAGCAUUAUUCAAUGGACAAAUUCCUGCGAUAUGGAGACGCUUGGCACCUGAUACAUUGAAAUCACUAGGAAAUUGGAUGAUUCACUUUGAGAGAAGAUAUAAACAGUAUAAUUUCUGGGUAAAUGAAAGUGAACCACCAGUAAUGUGGUUAUCAGGUUUACAUAUACCUGAGUCAUAUCUAACAGCUUUAGUACAAGCAACAUGUCGUAAGAAUGGCUGGCCACUUGAUAAAUCUACAUUAUAUACAUCUGUUACACAAUAUCAAACUGCUGAUGAUGUUACAGAACGAGCUCAUUCAGGUUGUUUUGUAACUGGUUUGUAUCUGGAAGGUGCAGCCUGGGAUACAAAGGAACUUUGUCUGAUUCGUCAAAAACCCAAACAACUGAUACAAGAAUUACCUGUUUUAAAGAUUAUACCAAUAGAAUCACAUCGUCUUAAAUUACAGAAUACAUUACGAACACCAGUAUAUGUGACAUCACAGAGAAGAAAUGCUAUGGGUGUUGGUUUAGUUUUUGAGGCUGAUUUAGCAACAACUGAACACAACAGUCACUGGGUGUUACAAGGUGCCUGUCUUAUUCUCAACACAGAUUAAACUCUAGAUAAAACAUACAACUUGAUCUAUAUAUUGUAUCAUUUAUAAACCAUUAUAUUUUGAAAGUUAGUGUUAUAUUUUGUGUUUUAUACUGUGCUUAGAAUACAGGUUUAAUUACUUAUUUAAACUACAGAUUUUAUUCAUCCAAAACAUUAAUUUUUAAUAAUUGAAAAUUGCAUAUAAAUAAUAUAUUAUGAAAAAUUGAAUUGAAAAAGAUUACAGGUAACUUUCCCAAAAAUUACAGAUAUUUUUAAAGCAAUAUUUCUUACAUUGGAAAGCAAUUGGAUUUUUUUUUAUUUUUAUUAAACUUAAAAUUAUUUAAAUGGUGCCAAACAAACAUUUUAUUAAACAACUAUUUUCCAAGUAUUUCAUCAGUAUUGCCCAGAAGCAUUCUAAAUAUUUUCAUAAAUCUAAGAUUGAAUGUUAAUUAUUAAACAGCAUUUGUCAAGUAUAUAAUUACCAAUAGCAUUGUUGCACAUUUUAAAUAGUAGAAAUAUUACAAUUUUUACACAUUACUGUAUUUUUUAAAUAGAUUUAUACUGAUAGAUUUGUUGCAGGUUCUUAAUCAUAAAAUUAUCUUGAAAAUUUUAAACAUAAUUGUAUACCAGAUAUUUGAUCAGAAUUCCUUUUUUUCAUUUUGCUUAAAGUAGCUAAGUCCGUAACUCAAUAUCAUCCAAAAUCUUCGACAUUGAAAACACGAAUUAUUUUGCAAUUUAAAUCAGCAUUGGUGUUGUGAUCUUACCUGGAAAAGAUGGGCUUCUGAUAUCCAAUAUUUAAGACAAAAUAAACAUUUUACCAUUGGUACACGAAUCGUGUACCAUAAUGCGUUUCAGCGCCAUUUGUAACAAGGUGCUCAAAAAAUGAGGCUAGACAUAUUCCACAAGUCAUGUCAAACGGUGAUAUCAUGUUCUUAUUUGGAGAGCAUGCGCAAUAAAUAAUAUCAGUGUAACCAGACGCUAGAAACUGACUUACGGUUAAGACUUCUGGCGUAUUUCGCCGAACAUAACUGAUGACAAUUCACAGUAAAACGGACACGAUUGAAUGUAAAACAGUUUAUAUAAAUUCAUAUUACAUUAUUAUACGUGUGCCAAUUUCUAGGUCAAAAUAUUAGCGAUUUAGCUCCUUUAAGUUAAACUGUCUCAAACAAGUUAAGUACCAACAGCAUUUUCAAAAGUAUUGUAAUCUAUUUCCAAUCAUCCUAAAUUGAAAACUUGCCUGGAAAGUAUUUUUUUUUUUAAAUUUUAAACAUUAAUUUUUAGUAAAGAUAUUUUGAUUUUUCUUGAGUUAAACUGUGAUAUUUUUAAUUAUUGUUUUUGCCCAUAAUUGAAUUUGUAAAUACGGGCACUUAUAUAUUUAUAUUCCUUGGUGUGAUCAUUAUAAUAUGAUGUGAUAAACCUUGGCUAAUAAGUGCUCAAUUGUAAAUAAUAAUACAUUCUUAAUUUAAAACCAUUUCAUUUAUAUAAUUCCAUCCAGCAUUUCAUUUAACAACCCGUCCAUGAUAUAAUUUAUUUAUGAUAUAUUUAUGAAAUGUUUAUUUUUUGUUAUGAAUAUAUGAAAGAAUGAUUAUUUAUUUCAAAUUGAAGUUGAAUAAAUAAUAUAUACGACUGCUU